AGAGGGAGAGGAAGAGAGCGCGAAGGAGAGAAGAUAAACGGUAAGAGAGAGUGAUAGAGAGAGAGAGAGAGAGAUAGAGAGCGAGCGCGAGAGAGAGCGAGCGAGAGAGGGGAAUAGGAGAGGGAGAGAGGAAAGCAGAAGAGCUUCGAAUCUGCUCGGCUGCCAUGCCGCGUCCCUAGAUCUCCUGAUCGGAGCCUUCUCGAUCUCCGGCCCGGGUUUUGAUUCUUGGAGCUGGGUUCGGGAUUGGAAGGGCGGCGGCGAUGAGCAUCGACGGACCGGGAGGAGGGGAAAGCUAGGGUUUUGGUGCGCCGAGCUGGUUCUGGACACCUCCUAGGGCUCCCGCUGGAGUCCCAUGGGAGAUGGAGGAGUCGCGUGUGCCCCCUCGCAGCAUGUCAUGGAGAGAUUCCCGAUCUCGGAGGUGCUUUGUGGAGGCAACGGCGUGCUUGCUUCGAAGCCCUUUAGGCCAGAUAAUGUGAUGAAGAAGGCAGAGAGGGGUGAGGCAGCGAAGAAAGAGGGAGAUUUGAGUUCGGAGAAAGCUCGAAAAUUGGACGGGAGAGCGAGGAAAGCGGAGUUGGAGAAGGGAGAUUUUGUACCGGAGAGGCAGCGGAAGGUGGAAUUGGAGGAGGGGGAGUUGCAGAAAAGGGAAGCGGAGAAAGGGGAGUUUCGGAAUGGGGAAUUGGAAAAGGGGGAGUUUGUUCCGAAGAAAUGGCAGAAAAGUGAAGCUGAAGCAGGAGAGCUCGUCUCACAGAGGCGGAGAAAGGAAGAGGUGGAGAAGGGGGAGCUCUUUCCAGAUAGAUGGAGCAAAGGAGUAUUGGAAAAGGGAGGGUUCGUGACGGAUAAGCGGAAGAGAGGUGGGGAAUUGGACAAGUCAGACGUCGGGUCCGGUAGAGGGCGGAUGGUGGAAUUGGAGAAGGGCGAGUCCAUUCCAGAGAAAUGGUGGAAGGGCAAGCGAGACCACUCCCUGGAGGAUAGUUUCCGUAGGAAAGAUGGCGGUCACAGCAACCACUGGAAGAUACCUUCUUUAAAAUGGGAUGGUAGCGAGAAAUGCUCACGACCAGCUGAAGAGGAACCAGGUAAGAUCAAGCACGAACAUGGCAAUGGGAAGAACCAUGAUAAGGAGUAUAAUUUGGGAACCUGGCCAAAGCGUCAUUAUAUGGAGUCCGAGAGCAGCAAUCACAAGCACCAUUCAGAGUUCAUCGACCAGUCAGCGCUGAAAACCUCGAGGAAGUCAGAAGAGAGUAAAAACCGCACCACUUAUCCAGAGAAGUCAUACAGGAAUGCUUCCUCUUCAUCAUCAAGGGUUUCAUCUGCCAGCAGGUACUCUUCUUCUAGGUAUCAUGAGUUGACGCUGGCAUCCCGAGUUUGCCAUGAUAGACAAGGCCGAAGCUCGGGACAUUCUGAUCGAUCCCCGCAUGAGCGAGCCCAGCACCAUGACCACAGGGAUCGGAGCCCGCAUUACUUGGAGUCGGAGCGUUCGCCACGUGACAGAACCCGCCUCUGUGAUCACAGGGAUCGAACCCCAAGCCACUCCGACCGAUCCCCACGUCUACGUGCUCGGCAUCGCGAUCGCAGAGACCGGACGCCAGAAUAUCCAGAGCAGUCCCCACGUGAUCGUCGACGUGCCAUAGAUCAUCAAGAAUUGAGCAAGAAGAGCAGAGGGAGUGAGAAGCAGCAAAAUAGCAGGUAUGAGGAGAGGGCGGGGCGUAGGGAGUAUGGUGAAAAAGAUACCCUCAAGAAUAACUCAGUCAGGCAAUCAAAUAAGAGCAGUUGCGACACAAAUAUUGAGGAUAAACUCGAUAAGGAUAAGGUGUUACAGAAUCCAAGUAGGCAACCUAGUGAACCUCCUCCUCCCCCUCCACCACCACUGCUUCCUCCUCCUCCUCCUCCCCCUCCUCCUCCCCCCAUUCUUCCUCCUCCCUCUCCCCCUCCCCCUCCCCUUUCUCAGUCUCAGGUUAAUGGGGUUCUUGAAGAGCUACCAUCCAUGGAAGAGGAUAUGGAUAUAUGUGACACUCCACCCCAUGUUACUAUAGCAUCUGGUUCCAUCGCCGGGAAGUGGUAUUAUCUUGAUCAUAUUGGUACAGAACAGGGACCCUCGAAACUAGUUGACCUUAAAAGGCUUGUUGAAGAAGGGGUUCUUCUUUCUGAUCAUUUGAUAAAACAUGCUGACAGUGACCGUUGGGUAACUGUUGAGAAUGCUGCCUCUCCGGUGGUUUGUUUGAACCUGCCGUCUGUUGCUUCAGAUGCUGUGACUCAGAUGGUAAGCCCUCCAGAAGCCCCAGGGAACUUAUUAGCUGAGGCCGGAGAUCUUUGCGAGGAAACAUGCAUUUCAGUAUCCCAGCAGGAGUUGCAUCCUGGGGGUGCUUCUGUUGCACCAGAAUUUGAUGAAGAUUUUCAUAUUGACAAGAGGGUUGAAGCUUUAUUGGAUGGUUAUACUAUUUUAGAUGGAAUGGAACUUGAGACCAUCGGAGAAGCAUUGAACACGGCGUUUGAGCAUGCAGAUUGGGAGAAAUGGGGUCAGUCUGAAGGUUUCACAAGAUUCCAAUCUCACAGUUAUGAGCUUUCCAAACAUGCAAGAGAUGAGGGACCUCGUAGAGCUUUUGAAAGCUUCUCAAGGGAAGCUGGUGAAGUUAGAUUUGUCGCACCUUCUGAGAAGGAUUAUGUGAUUCCUGGUGGUGGUUCUAGUGAUUGGUUUGCUGGCAGGUGGUCUUGUAAGGGUGGCGACUGGAAGAGAAAUGAUGACGUUAGUCAAGACAGAUCCUACAGAAGAAAGCUUGUCCUUAAUGAAGGCUACCCCCUGUGUCAGAUGCCAAGGUCUGGACAUGAGGAUCCCCGUUGGCACAGAAGGGAUGACCUUUACCAUCCUUCUCGCGUCAAAAAGUUCGAUCUACCACCUUGGGCUUUCUCCUCAACAGAAGAUAAUAUUGAUAGCAGCGACCCAAGCAAAAGUGGUCUUACAAGCAGAUCAGGCCAGGUAAAGCUGUUAGCUCCUAGGGGAGUAAAAGGAACAAUGCUUCCUGUGGUUCGGAUAAACACAUGUGUGGUUAAGGACCAUACCUCUUUUGAACCUCCUGUGAAAGGCAGAAGCACUGAGCGCCAUCUUCCAAGGUCAAGGUCAUACUCAGCGAAUAGUGACAGGAGUUCAUUUUAUGAAGGUUCCUCUUGUUCCAGGAAGCUUCAUGAACGAGACUUGCAAAGUUUGCACGAGUGCAGGACCAUCCUCAUUGCUCCUAGGGAUCAUGUUGGUACCAUUGAUGAAUUAUCAAUAGAUCUGGGUGAUUGGUACUAUUUGGAUGGUGCUGGUCGUGAACAUGGCCCAUCAUCAUAUUCAGAGUUGCAGGAUUUAGUUGCUAAAGGUACUAUCCUCGAGAACAUCAGUGUCUUCCGGAAGAUUGACAACACUUGGCUUCCAAUUACCAAAAAUGUAAAGGCUUCUGAAGCUGCUCAUCAUGAAGAAGAAACAACAGUUCCAACUGCAUGUUCUUCUGCUGCUGCUGCUCUUACUCAGACAGAGGUAUUCCAGGGUGACGUAAGCAGUGCUUCACAUUCAUUUCACAGUUCGCACCCUCAAUUUAUUGGCUAUACACGAGGCAAGUUGCAUGAACUUGUCAUGAAAUCAUACAAAAACAGGGAGUUUGCUGCUGCUAUAAAUGAGGUUUUGGAUCCAUGGAUUGGUGCAAAACAGCCGAAGAAGGAGAUGGACAAGCACUUUCCAUUCAACUAUUCUAUCAGAAGAGGCUCUGCUGUUCUAGCUCAGGACUUGUCAGGGGACAGUUUUUGGAGAUCAGAAGAUGGGAUAUCUCGUUCUGCAAAAAGAGCACGACUGCUGGCUGAUGAAAGUGAUGGAGCUUCUGAAAUGGAAGAUGAUUUACUUGCUGGUCAGAAGAAUGACUGUUCUUUCGAUCAUUUAUGUGGUGAUGCUGUUUUUAUUGAAGAUAAUUGUAUAGGUUCCAAAACAGAGAAUGAGAGCUGGGGCCUAUUGAAUGGCCGUAUAUUAGGUAGGGUUUUCCACUUUUUAAAAGCCGACAUGAAGUCACUUAUCUCCUCUGCUGCUACAUGUAAACACUGGAAUGCGGUGGUCAAGUUUUACAAGAAUCUGUGCAGACAUGUUGACUUGUCAAAUGCUGGUUCCAGAUGUAGUGACUCCAUGUUUCUGAGUAUUAUGGGUGGUUAUGACAAGAAAAAUGUAACAUCUCUUGUCUUAGCAGGGUGUGCUAAUAUAAGUGCUAGCGUUCUUGAAGAAGUCCUCCAACAAUUUACAUGCAUAUCUUAUAUUGAUAUUAGAGGAUGCAGUCAGUUGAAUGAUUUAAAACCCAAAUUUCAGAAUGUAAAAUGGAUUAAGAGCUUCAAUUCAGGCAACGUCAAGAAUUAUGAGGAUUCACAUUCAAAGAUAAGAAGCCUUAAACAAAUAACCGAGAAAAGCUACUCCUUGUCUAACACUUUUCGGGCCUUAGGCAGUCAGUUGGAUGAUUCUGAUGAGCUAGAUUUUGGUUGUAGUGAAUCCAGUUUGGUGGAUAGAAAGGAUUCUUCAAGCCUUUCAUUCCGGCAGGGCUUUUAUAAGCGAGCCAAGUUACUUGAUGCUAGAAAGUCAUCGGCAGAUCUGUCAAGGGAUGCACAGGUGAGGCGAUGGUUGCAAAGGAAAACUGAGUCUGGGUAUAGGAAGAUGGAAGAAUUUAUUGCCAACAGUUUGAAGGACAUCAUGAAGGGAAACAAGUUUGAAUUCUUUAUACCCAAGGUUGCAAAAAUUGAAGACAGGAUGAGAAAUGGUUAUUAUUUUCGGCAUGGUAUGAGUUCUGUCAAGGAUGACAUCAGUCGAAUGUGCCGGGAUGCAUUUAAAGCAAAAAAUCGUGGUGAUGCUGGAGAUAUGAAAAAAAUUAUCAUGUCAUUUAUCCAACUGGCGAAGAGAUUGAAAGAGAACCCUUGGUUAAUUAAUGGAAGAGUUGAAAUGUUGAACACACUAAAAGACAGCUCAGAUUCUGGAUCAUAUCUAUCAGAAUCUAAACUUAAAAAGAAGCAAAACAAAGGUAUAAAUGAAAAGAAGGGCAUAAGUAGGAGUGUAAACACAUCCUAUGCCAAUGGUGGAACAGAUUAUAGAGCCUAUGCAUUUGACCGUGAGAUCAAAAGAAGCCUCUCUAAGUUAAAGAAAAGGGACAUGGAUUCUGAUAGUGAGACAUCUGAUGACCAUGAAAAUGAUUUCUCUGAAGAAGAUGAUAGAGGUGAAGGUGAGAGUUCUGCUUCAGAUACAGAAAGUGACUUGGACCUGAAUUCAGGAGCGAUGUGGGAUAUAAAAGGGGAUGGCUAUUUUAAAAUGGACGAUUCUUUAGAUUCUAUCACUGAUGAUCGUGAAUGGGGUGCUCGUAUGACAAAAUCUAGUCUUGUUCCGCCAAUUACUAGAAAAUAUGAAGUUAUUGACCAGUAUGUUAUUAUAGCAGAUGAGGAGGAAGUGCAACGAAAGAUGCAGGUUGCUUUACCUGAUGAUUAUUCUGAAAAACUGCUUGCACAAAAGAGUGGUAUGGAGGAGUCAGAUAUGGAAAUCCCUGAGGUGAAGGAUUACAAACCCAGGAAAAUGCUAGGAGUUGAAGUCCUAGAGCAAGAAGUAUAUGGUAUAGAUCCUUAUACACAUAAUCUUCUUCUUGAUUCUAUGCCAGAGGAACCUGAUUGGCUACUUGCUGAUAAACAUAAGUUCAUUGAAGAGUUGCUUCUUCGCACUCUGAAUAAGCUAGUCAGGCAUUUCACUGGUACUGGAAAUACACCAAUGGUCUAUCCUCUACAGCCUGUUGUUGAAGAAAUCCUGAAGGAUGCAGAGGAUGGAGGUGACGCACGCAUUGUAAAAAUGUGCCAGGCCAUAUUAAAGGCCAUUCGUAGUCGCCCUGAUGAUAAUUACGUUGCUUAUAGAAAGGGACUCGGAGUUGUUUGCAACAAAGAAGGUGGUUUUGGUGAAGAUGAUUUUGUUGUUGAAUUUUUGGGAGAGGUUUAUCCAGCUUGGAAAUGGUUUGAGAAACAGGAUGGAAUUAGGUCUUUACAAAAAAAUAAUCAAGAACCAGCACCUGAGUUUUAUAACAUUUACCUGGAGAGGCCAAAGGGUGACUGUGAUGGAUAUGAUUUGGUUGUUGUUGAUGCCAUGCACAAGGCAAACUAUGCAAGCAGAAUCUGUCACUCUUGCAGGCCUAACUGUGAAGCAAAGGUUACUGCUGUGGAUGGUCAAUACCAAAUAGGAAUUUAUACUGUACGACCGAUUAAUUAUGGUGAAGAGAUCACUUUUGACUAUAACUCUGUAACAGAGAGUAAGGAAGAAUAUGAAGCAUCCGUUUGUUUGUGUGGCAGUCAAGUUUGCAGGGGUAGUUAUCUGAAUCUGACUGGUGAAGGGGCAUUUCAAAAGGUGCUGAAGGAUUGCCAUGGGGUGCUGGACCGACAUAAAUUAAUGCUAGAAGCUUGUGAAGCCAAUUCCGUUUCUGAAGAAGACUAUAUUGUUUUGGGAAGGGCUGGUCUGGGCACUUGUUUGCUUUCUGGGCUGCCUGAUUGGCUUGUUGCUUACUCAGCUCAUCUGGUGAGGUUUAUCGACUUUGAGAGAAUAAAACUUCCAGAAGAGAUUCUUAGGCACAACUUGGAGGAGAAGAGAAAAUUCUUUUCAGAUGUAUGUCUUGAGGUCGAGAAAAGUGAUGCUGAGGUUCAGGCUGAGGGUGUCUACAAUGCGAGGCUUCAAAAUGUGGCACUAACUCUUGACAAGGUAAGAUACUUUAUAAGAUGCGUGUUUGGGGACCCUAAGAAAGCUCCGCCACCCUUACAGAAGCUUAGCCCUGGAGGCCUAGUUUCUGUGCUUUGGAAAGGGGAGGGUUCGCUGGUUGAGGAGCUGCUUCAUUCCAUGGCCCCUAAUAUGGAGGCAGAUCUACUCAGUGAGCUUAAGGCCAAGAUUCAUGCCCAUGAUCCAUCUGGUUCUGAUAAUCUCCAGAGAGAACUCCGGAAGUCUUUACUGUGGUUAAGGGAUGAGUUGCGAAACCUCCCUUGUACUCACAGGUGCCGGCAUGAUGCUGCUGCAGACUUGAUUCACAUGUAUGCCUACACAAAAUUCUUUUUUAAAGUCCAGGAGUACAAGACAGUAAAAUCUCCACCAGUUUACAUCAGCCCUCUUGACUUAGGUCCUACGUAUGCUGAUAAGAUGGGGUCAGGAUUCCAGGAAUACUGCAAGACCUAUGGUGAGAAUUAUUGUUUAGGCCAGCUAAUCUAUUGGUAUGGCCAGACAAAUGCAGAGCCAGAUUGUAGAUUGGAAAGAGCUGGGAGGGGUUGCUUGUCCUUGCCUGAUAUCUCUUCCUUCUAUGCAAAGUCUCAGAAGCCACUGCGAGAACAUGUCUAUGGCUCAAGAACCUUGAGAUUCAUGUUGUCACGUAUGGAGAAACAGCCGCAGAGACCAUGGCCUAAGGACCGGAUAUGGGUGUUCAAGAGCGGCCCCAAAUUUUUUGGUAGUCCAAUGCUGGACGCCGUGUUGAAUAAGUGUCCCAUGGACAAGGAGAUGAUGCAUUGGCUGAAAACUAGGCCGAAUGUUUUCCAAGGCGCAUGGGAUGGGUGACACAGGCCACCUUGUCUCUCUAUUUCUCGAACAAUCAUUGACCACAUUCUUUUGUUUCCUUAACAGAGCUUCCCCUUCUAAUUGUGGGGGUUUGGUCUUUAUUGCACCCCAGCAUUCUCCCCCUUGUAGAGUUUCUCCCCUGUAAUUUGGAUCGAUUAUUUAGUGGUAGAUCAUUGGUUAAUGGAUGUGAAGUUAGCAUUUUCUAAUCA